AUGGCGACCUCCGUAGGCAUGCUAGUACGGCUCGGCAUAUCAUACAUUCGGAAACCGGCUUCACGACAUUGUGCAUGGAGAACUGUACUAUUGUCCCGCUGUGCUCACAACGUCCGGAGCAGCUUAUACGAGCAUGUCUCCGAGGGCUACAGCGACAAACCGGAUCUUGACAUGCAAGCCGUCUGCGAGGAGACGGACAAAGUCAUAUCUAACGUGGAGAGUCGCAAAGGAGAUCUGGAGGGAGCGGACGUCCGAGAAAUAGUAACAGUGUGGCAGCAGCUACAGGAGGUGAGGAGGCGCAUUUCUUCCCUGGAGAGGCAGAAGGAGGAGAUAAGCACCUACGUUAAAGCCCUUGUGGAACAACAUGACAAGAAAAUUUUGCCCAGUUUGCCGGAAUUUGCAAAAGCAAGAGAUGAGGGGCGACAGAUCCGGCUCAGUCUGAAGCAGCUGUACCCCCGGGAGAGCGAGCUGGAGCAGCAGCACUACCUCCGAGCCCUGCGCUUGCCCAACACCACACACCCCAACGUGCCAAUAGGAGAUGAGAGCCAGGCUAGAGUGGUGGAGCUGGUUGGACAAAAACAAGAGUUUGACUUCCAAGCAAAGGGACACUUGGAGAUUGGGGAGCAAUUAGACAUCAUCAGGCAGAGACGCCUGGCUCAUGUGUCGGGUCAUAGGUCAUACUAUCUGAGGGGGGCCGGGGCUCGACUUCAGAUGGCUCUGCAGAACUUUGCCCUUGACACCCUGCAGCGUCGGGGGUUUGUUCCCAUGGUUGUGCCAGACAUGCUGAAGGCGGCUGUGUUUGAAGGCUGUGGGAUGCAGCCCCAUGCUCAUCAGUCUCAGGUGUACUCCCUGGACCCCUCCCGCUUCCCGGACCUCAACCUGGCCGGCACCGGGGAGGUGGGCGUGGCAGGGUAUUUCAUGGACCAUGCUGUGAACCACAAGGACCUGCCUGUUAGGACAGUGUGCUGCAGCACGUGUUAUCGGGCGGAGACGGAGACAGGGAAGGAGGCCUGGGGUCUCUACAGAGUGCAUCACUUCAACAAGGUGGAGAUGUUUUGCGUGUCAGCAGAUGAAACUGGAGAGGAGAGCGCCCAGAUACUGGAAGAGUUUGUGUCUCUGCAGAAGGAGAUCUUCUCAGCCUUGGAACUGCACUACAGAGUGCUGGACAUGCCCACUCAGGAGCUGGGCGCCCCUGCACACAGGAAGUUUGACAUCGAGGCCUGGAUGCCAGGCCGGGGCAGCUAUGGAGAGAUUUCCAGCGCCUCCAACUGCACAGAUUACCAGAGCCGACGCCUCAACAUCCUGUACGAGAAGGAGGGAGGGAGCCUGCACUACGCUCACACGGUGAAUGCUACAGCCUGUGCAAUCCCUCGGACCAUCAUCGCCAUUCUUGAGACUCACCAGACUAAAGACGGGACUGUGCGAGUGCCCCGUGCCUUGCAGCCCUACAUGGGGUCAGAGGUCAUCGAGAAGCCCAAAUACACCCCUUUGAAAUACAUCGGCCCGAACCAGCCGCACCAACCCCCCCGACCCACCCCCAAACCCAGAUGAUGUGAGCACCAUCUGGAUUACUGGACACGAGGACCUUACUCCAACAGAGGGGUGUUUUUCCUGUGUGAACAGCACUGCAAUGGGCCACCAGGACGCCCAGUCAUGUAUAUACACUUAUUCAGUACACUCUGUGUCAGUUCAUGGUGCUGGUGAAAUAAACCCCAUCACAAACAAGGCCUGCAUCACUCUUAUUAGAAAUAAACACU